AUGGAGACCAGCGCCAGCGGGGCGGAGCCCGCGAACGCCGGGAUCGAGGGGUCCGCCGACCCAUGCAGCUCCGCGGGCGGCGGUCAUCGACUCUCAGUGCACCAGAUCGUUGGCGGCGGCAAAGCUGCUGAUAUCAUCUUAUGGAAGUGUAAACGUGCUACUGUUGGUGUUAUAUUUGGUGCUACUAUUGCAUGGUGGUUGUUCGAGAAGUCCGAACUAUCGUUCUUGACUAUCUGCUGUGAUGUACUGCUCAUUUUGAUAGUUGUACAGCUCAUAUGGGUCAAAAUAUCUGGGUUGCUAAAUAAGCAACCUAGGCAACUGCCUGAGUUAGUUCUGUCAGAGGAGAUGGUUAAUAAUGCUGCGGCUUCAUUCCGUGUUAAAGUGAACAACAUGCUAAUGAUUGCACAUGACAUUACUCUUGGCAAAGACUUCCGGCUCUUUUUCCAGGUUGUGUCAGUCCUGUGGUUGCUAUCUGUUAUUGGCAAUUUCUACUCUUCUGUAACUCUUGCUUAUAUAGGAACCAUUGCUUUGGUGACAGUACCUGUACUUUACCAUAGACACCAAGAGCACGUGGACAGGUAUGCUGGGAUGGUCCACCGGAAUAUCUCAAGGCAUUACAAGAUCGUCGACGAAAAUGUGAUAAGCAGACUACCUAGAAGCUUCAUCAGAGAUAAAAAUGAUUGA